AGCUAAUUAGGUACAGACCGAGGUUGUGUGCAUGUGUGUAACGAAGCAAAGUUUCAACUCAGACUCAAGAACGAGAGGCAUAUAAACCUCAAGACAUGAACGUCGUUGUAACCCAAGUUUGAGUUCAGCCAUCGGUAAAAGUCUGGAGUAUUACCCAAAUCAAAGUUUAACCAAGGGGCAAAAAACAAAUAGUCUCUCACUCCCACUCACAAUGUCCGCCGUGGACCCCAGCCGCCCCGACAUUGUCGCCUUCAUGGCCAAGGACAUCUUCAACUUCAGCGGAGACAACGCAGCACUAGCCGACGAGAAACUGGCACUGGCGAUCCAGGGCAAGAAGUCAGCAACCACUUCGUGGCCCAUUCCGGACCCCAUGCACUGGGGCGUCGGUGACCUGUCCAUCAUUCUCGACGGCAACGGAGCCCCGGGCGCCGUCAUGCGCACCACGUCCUUCGUUCGCUGCCUCUUCCGCGACGUCGCCGAGGACUUUGCCCUUGCCGAGGCCGAGGGCGACUACAACGAGUACAGGGAAGGGCACAUCUGGUUCUACAACGCCGAGGAGCAGAAGAAGCCCGAGGCGCAGAGGCAGCUGUUUGGCGACGACAGUAUGGUGCUCUGCGAGCGGUUCGAGGUCAUCUACCCGCCUAAGCCUGCAGAGGUACGAAAGGAGGCGGCUUGACGCUGCGAUCCAUGGCUAAACGGCCUUCGACUGAAAAUAUAGGAUGAUGCAUGCAUGGGGUUUUGUUCAUAAUAGAAGAAGAAAGAAAAAAAAGAAGGAAUAAGAAUACAUCAUUCAUCACUUCACAAGAUGCGCGGAGGGCUGCGAAGCUCAAUUGCAUUGUGCAAUUUUGGCGUUUGGGGCAGUUGUGUCGGAUGU